AUGCAGAUGUCAAGGGCAUCUUCGCAAAAAAUCACCCAAUUCCAAGCUUUACUCCGCGGCACCAUCAAUCAGCGCCCCCUUCUCCGUCGUCCCUCCUUCUCCGAUGCCGCCGUGUUCCGCUCCCCUUCGCCUAUUUUCCAUCCACAACAACGCCUGGGCAAUAGCACCUUCCGAUUCUUCUCCUCAAAUUUCCCCAAAGGCUUUGCGCAGAAGGUGCUUGAUAAACCCGCGGCCGCAGUGAGCUCGGCCUUCUCGCGGUACCGGGAGGCAAUUGGGUUGCAAAUCGAGUCAUUUUGCAAGAGGAACUACCUCUUUCUGUUGGGCGCUGGUGGAGUUAUCCUUUGCGGUGUUCUGUGGAGGAUCCUCUUCGGAGUCGCUAACCUCUUCGUUGGAAUCUCCGAAGGCUUGGCUAAGUAUGGAUUCCUUGCCCUUUCAUCUGCUAUCGUUGCUUUUACUGGCUUGUAUAUCCGCUCGAGGCUCGCAAUCAAUCCGGAUAAAGUUUAUAGAAUGGCAAUGACGAGACUUAACACGUCUGCUGGGAUUCUUGAAGUUAUGGGUGCGCCUCUUUCUGGAACUGAUUUGAGAGCCUAUGUCAUGUCAGGGGGUGGCCUCACCUUAAAGAAAUUCAAGCCGAGUAUUAGGAGCAAGCGGUGUUUCCUCAUUUUCCCCAUUAGAGGGUCUGAGAAAAAGGGACUAGUCAGUGUUGAAGUCAAGAAAAAGAAUGGCCAGUAUGAUAUGAAGCUACUGGCCAUUGAUGUUCCCAUGGCUUCUGGUCCAGACCAGCGACUGUAUCUAAUAGGGGAUGAAGAAGAGUACAGGAUUGGUGGGGGCCUAAUAUCCGAGCUAAGAGACCCCGUAGUGAAGGCAAUGGCGGCAGCCAAGGAAUUUGAUGAUCUUGAUGAGAUUGAGGAAGAGGAAGAUGCUGAAAGAGAACGUCAGGAGGCUGAAAGAAAGCAGCGUGAAGAAAUUGAAAAGCUUGAAAAGAGUGGUACCUAG